AUGAAGACAAGGCUGCAGCUCUUCCUGCUCGUCUCCGCGCUGAUCUGCGCCGACGGGAAGCCGGCGAGCGAUGAGGCGGCGGCGGCGGCGGGGAAGGCGUUGGGGCGGAACAAGCUGCUGCUGAUCUCCUUCGACGGCUUCAGGUGGGACUACGACCAGGACGUGGACACGCCGCACCUGGACCAGCUGCUGGAGGACGGAGUCAAGGCCAAGUACAUCACGCCGCCCAUGCUCACCAUGACCUCACCGUCACACUUCACCACCAUCACCGGCCGCUGGGUGGAGGACCACGAAGUCGUCCACAACAUGAUGUUUGAUGCCGAAACGAACCUAAAAGUUCCUCACAAGCAGACGCUGAAAAGAUCUGAGUGGUGGGACAACGGAGUUCUGCCGCUCUGGAUCACCGCUCAGAACCAGGGUCUAAAGACCGGGUCCUUCUAUUUCCCGGGAGGCGGGGCUAACUACAGCGGCCAGGCGGUCAACCGGGCGCUGGUGGAGGAGUUCGGCCACCAGGACGACAACGAGACGGAGUGGCAGCAGAACAUCGACCAGGUGAUGAGCUGGUUCACGGAGGAAGACUUCGACCUGGUGACGCUGUACUACGGCGAGCCGGACAACGUGGGCCACGCCAAGGGGCCGGAAACCGAGGACAGGAAGAAGAUCGUCCGGCAGAUCGACCGCACCAUCGGCUACCUGAGGGAGGCCAUCGCACGCAACAACCUGAACGACAGCCUGAACGUCAUCAUCUCCUCGGACCACGGCAUGACCACGGUGAAGAAGCGUCCGCAGGUGGAAGAGAUCAUCCUCAACAAGUAUCUGAACCUGAUCCAGCUCAACAGCUUCGAGAUCCUGGACUACGGCGGCUUCGGCAUCCUGACGCCGCGGGCGGGGAAGGAGCAGGAAGUGUUCGACGCUCUGUCCAAGGCGCCCAAUCUGACCGUCUACAAGAAGAGCGAGUUCCCGGAGAGCUUCCACCUCGCCAAGAGCAAGCGGCUGCCUCCCAUCGUGGUCGUCGCAGAUCUGGGAUUCAACCUGAACUCUAGAUUCAUCGUCUACGUCAACAAAGGCGACCACGGCUACCACAACGGGGAGAUGGACAUGAAGACCAUCUUCAGGGCCUUCGGACCCGACUUCAAGAGGAACUUCCUGUCGGAGCCGUUCGACAGCAUCCACAUCUACCCUCUGAUGUGUGAACUGCUGCACAUCAAACCGGCGCCGCACAACGGAUCUCUGGCCGUGACCGAGAAGAUGCUGCUGCACGGAGGCGAGUCGUCCACAACCACGCCGCUAAUAAACGAUCAAACAUCAGGUCUACAGACUGCAGCUCACGGACUGUUGAGGGACCCCAGGAGACACAAAGAUUGA